AUGGACAAACAGAAACAACUGCCAUUUUAUCUUCACACAGGUCAAUUUAUUAGUUCUCCUAAUAGUUCCAUCAUUGGAGUCAUUGGAAAAGGGGUCAUUCUGCCCUGCCACGUGGUAGCAGAUAACAUUCCAGAGGUUUUCUCUGUCCAGUGGAUAUUUCAUGAACAGUCUGAAAAAAUAACUGUGAACAGAUACGAUGGAAAGAACGAAAAAGAGGAACAAGAUGAGAGAUAUCACGGCAGAACAGAAUUCUUCCAUAGUGAAUUUAGAGCUGGCAACAUGUCUCUGCGCUUGAAGAAUGUCAGGAGCUCUGACAAGGGAUCAUACACUUGUGUGGUCUCUUUCAAUGACACGUACCAUGAUGUGUUGAUUGAACUGCAAGUGGCAGCUAAAGGUGAUGUGCCUUCCAUUUUCCUGAAGAGUCAUGUGAAGCAGGGUAUUAGCCUCACCUGCCAUGCAGCUGGAUGGUUUCCUAAACCUGAGGUGAUUUGGCUGGAUGGCCAAGGAUGGGCCCGGAAGGAACUAUCGACCACAAAAAUGACAAGGAUGCCGACAGGCCUAUACAGUGUGGUAACUUCCAUGAACUUAAACCCGGGCUCUGACAUGGAAGUCUCUUGCAGGAUAGUCAACAAUCUACUGAAUACAACAAGCGAGUCCCGAGUCCUAAUCUCAGGUAAUAACAAGAAAACAUUUAACACCGUAAAAGUGAAGCUGGAAAUGGAAGAAG